AUGAACAAAACAAACAGCAACAAACAUGGCGGCGAUGAGAAGACGGCGGCUGAUAAUUUGAAGGUAAGUUUCUUUUUACUUUGAUUUCUGAUUUGUAUUUAAAUCAUUUGGUUUUGUGGAUAGUCAAUCACGACACAAAUUCUAUGAAAAUCAUUUCCAAACGCUUCAUUAGUCUCUGAUUUUGUGACAGGCAUUCAUUUAUCCUUGUGACGUACAGCUGAUGAUUUUGUUAUUUUCAACCUGCGUUUAAUAAUUCGUGAUUAUCGUUUUGUUUUCGACACUUUGGAAGAAAGAAAAAGCGUUUGAUUUGACUAUAGUUUAAAGUGGCCAUCGCUUUGGACCAUCGAUCCAAUUAAGGUCGACCAUAAUCUGCUUUUGUAUUAUUUGUCGGCGGUGAAUGCUGUUCAUAAUUUGCAGGCUGUAAACAAGAAAUAAGCCGAUGUUUGUAAAUAAUGGAUCAAUACUUCGAUCUCUUUCUGGGUCUUUUUUAAGUGUAUAAGGACUUAACCUUUAAGCUCGUGACGUUACCUUGGUGAUCACCAAAUGUUACAGCUCUCGUUCAGCGAAUAUUGUUUAAUAUCAGAUAAUGUUGAAUGCUAAAAAAAGGCCAUUCAACGAUUUGAAUAUUGUUGAACGAGAAUAUAGAUGAUUUCUAGCCUAUUCAACAACAGUUUUCAACAACGGCUGAUCCUUUUAAAGUGUUAAGUUUUUUUUUUCUACUCAUUUCACAAAUUGCAACCAUGCUUUUUGUAGAGCCAUAAAUGUAGCGUCAGACAAUAUCGCCAUUUAUAGGAGGAAAAAUUAGACGCACCUUAAAUAAGACGCGAACUUUCCGUAUAAACAGCACAUUUCGUCUAAAAUAAGACGCGGCUUAGCUAAGACGUGUCUUAUUAGCUGAGACAUGCUCAUAUAAAUGGUACAGUUCGCGUCUUAUUUAAGACGCGUCUUAUGUAAGACGCGUCUUAUUUUUCCUUGUAUAAAUGGCCCUAAUGAUGAACCAUUGGUCAUUAAAUUUUCUUUUCAUUUUUUAUACCUUGUGUUUGUGAACCCUUGCUUCUUAGAUUAAAAUACUUGAUAAUUCAAAAUAAAUGUAAUAUAAUCUCAUUAACAUUUCCCAUCAUUUUGCUUUCUUAAAAUGAUAUAGGAAGUCCUUAUUAGACACAUUAAACCGAGGCUUUUUUGGAGGAGAAUUAUCUUUGCAGGCUAAAUUUCUUUUUAAGAAGCUGAAAACUUUUGGGUUCCCAUAAAAUAACAAAAAUGAAGCAAUAUGGCAAGAUUUUGACUUUGGGUGGGUGGGUAAGUGGGUGGGUGGGGGGAAGGGCUUGGUACUUCUGGAAAUUCUUGGUAGCGAUUUGCCAUCUGGUUCUCCAAAUCCUGACCCUAUUUCAGGCCAAAAAAAUGUCAUUUUCCAGUGUUCUCACCAGGCCGCGGCCUUGCGGGAUUCCCGCAAGAAAAACUGAAAUGGCGCAUUAAAACCAAGAAGAUGCGCCCGUUAGGGCGCAGGGGGCAAGCUACGAGUCAAACGGACUUAAGUAGUUUUAAUGGUCAACCUAACACUAAAGCAUUCUGUUUGUUUGAAUAAAUAAAAAACAUGAUAUCAAAUGAGUCAAAGUCUGUAAUUUUGUUGCCUUUACUUUCAUUGGUCCCACGCAAGUCCCACUACAUCGUAAACUCCUCCUCUGAAUCGUAAACACCUCUUCCGCCAUAUUGGAUCAGGUAGGUACUUCAUGUAACAGACAAUUUGGAGUGCGGGCUCAGGUUCUGCGUACCGCAUGUUUUUUGUAACUUUGUCCCCCUAAUGUUCUUACAGGGCCCCUAUUUCUCAGAAGAGGGGGCCCCGGGACUCCCCAAGGCAUAAUCCUGGUGAGAACACUGAUUUUCCACACCUAUUUUCAGACCCGGCCUGUAAAAUCCAUACCCAUUUUCAUACCUGGCUUCUACUGAGAUUAGAACACCAACAAAAAGAUUUCUUAAAAUUCAUUUUGAAUUCACAUAAAUUAUCACUCUUUCCUUAUUAUUCAUUUGGAAUUGAAACAACAAAUACUUUCAUACACUCCUGUAAUUCCCGCAAAAACCAUACUAUUUGAUUCCAGAUCAAAAUGGGCCAAGUCUCUACCUGUUUUCAGCCCGAAAGGGCCCAAAAGCCAUAACCUUUGCAGUGGAACAUACAAAUAUGACUUACAUAAGGGAGCACCCUCCCCCCCCCUUGAUCACUUUAGUAAUGGAUAAUAACGAUCAUCUGUUAUCUAGUAAAUUAAUUUUCCAGUAUAUACUAUGCAUACAUUGCAGCGGACACAGACUAGCUUCAUCAUCUGUCAUGGGUCAGAGAUACACACUGUUCUUCACAGCUCGUGAAGGGCGUGAAGAUGACCUGCGAUGGGCCCUGUUUGACAGAAAAAUCUCUCCUGAUCUGCGUGAACCAGAUACCAAGCAGACAGCUUUGCAUCUGGCUGCUGCAAAGGGACGUCUGGGCUGUGUUAAACUGUUGAUUGAGGCUGGUAAGUACUUAGCAUAGUUAUACUGAAUGUAUUUCCUCUCUGAACCCCAACUAAAAUUCAUCUUGAAUGGGAAGAUCUAAAAGAGUGGUUGUCCAGUAUGCAACCUUCCUUGAAGAGCCAGAGGCAAAUUCAUGUAGUGGGAACAAGGAGAAAUCUGAUCAGGCAAAUUGUUGACAAAGAAAAGUAUACCUAGUAAUUUUUUUUUGUCCACUUUCUGCCCCUGGGCCAACAAGAAUAGGCAACCAACAAAAUUUGUGGUGUAAAACAGCAAGUUGAUUUUAAAUAAGCCUGCAAUCAUUUAAUACAUGGGAUUUAUAAAAUUAAGGUGUUGUGAAAAAUUUACUUCUUUCCAAAAAAGGAGUAAAAUCUCUUUGGUAGGUCAGUUAAAAAGGAGACAGCAGAUAUAUGUUUGGUGAUGCAAUUUUACCCUUGGUUUAAAAUAUAUUUUCUCUGGUUUUUGGGUUUGGUAAUGGGCAAUAAUGGCUAUGAAACAAAAGAAAAAAAAGAUAAAAUUAAACUACAACAUAAUAUAAGGCUACUGCAUUUCUUCACCUAUAAGCCGAGCGGUAUGUAGUUCACAGUUACUGCUUGGGUAUGGUGCCAGAGUACCAUACUCACUGGUCGCUAGUGGGAACCCAUCCUUUUUUCAAGAACCCACCACAGAAUUCGGGUAUGGUGAUGGUGAUCAAUUAAUGUCAGGACAUUGUCUUUGGCAGUAAAGUAGAUUCCGACUACCUGUGGGCACAUGAUUUCUGUUAGCACUGAGGCAACCCUUUGCUUUGCAUAACCAACGACCUCCUGCUACAGUAAAAUUUCAUAUUGGCACCUUACAGGGGUGUGAACUCAAUACCAUCUUGUCCCUGUACCUGAGCACUAGGGCAGCAAGUGAGAACAGCCCCUAUAUAUUCCCUGCUAAAAGAAGUAUGGUUUACACUGGUUUAAUGCUGUAUUAAUUGUAUAAUUUCACAGGAGCAAAACCCAAUGUACAGGAAAAGGAUGGUCUGACCCCUCUUCAUCUUGCUGUUUACCAUGGCCAUGCUAGCUGCGUCAAAUGUCUCAUUGAACAUGGAGCAGAUGUAAACAGCACAUCAAGGUGGUUAAUAUAACCUUUAUGACCUGGAGAAAAAAAGUGUGGUACUACAUGUAUGUGUGUCUGCCUGGGACUGGGAAAAUUUAAUUUACCUGACACAUAUUGAUUUUUGUCAAAAUAAUAGUUAAAUAAUUUAACUAUUUUAACUAUCUAUAGCUGUUUGACUUUUAGAGAAAUAAUAGUUAUUUCUCUAAAAGUCAGACAGCUAUAAAGGGGUGCCUAAAGCCAAACUUUUUCAGGGAAUGGUAAGAGUAAACUCUGUUAAACAAAUUAAGAUGGAUCAGUUUUUGGUUAAGUGAACAUCUAGGUUUAAACACGAAUACUUUUCACAAAGAGGGUGUUAAUAUUUCCUUGAAUAAUAAUAUUAUUUAUGCUGCAGAGAGUGUUCUGUACAGUCAUUGUUUGUUAGACUCUGCUUGGUUUUCAGCUCUCAAUGUGCUGUUAUACUAAGGGCUCUACCUUUUUUCAAAAUUGCCACAAGUCUUUACACAUACCACUUACGAGUAGGUUCACUUGAGUCUUAACUUACAAGGCUGUACUCUGAGAAAAAUUGAAGGGAGCCCAGUGCUCUGAACUUGUGAAAUCCAGGGUGCCCAGCAUGUGAUUUGGAUGAAAAAAGUAAGAUUUUCUAGUUGUCCAAGAGCAAAAGUUAGGUGCCACAGGCCACCGGGUGCUGCUUGAGUACAGCUCUGACUUAUGAACUUAAAAGUUGAUACGUAUACUUGACAUUCAAGUUUAUUGCAUUUCAAAAAUAAAUUGUUAUGUUUCUGAGUUAAAAUCAGUUAACGCAUAAAUCAGGGGUGUUUUGUUAGGUUAAACUGUUGCCAUGGUGACUUGAAAGCAAAUGAAAAUUACCACAACUGUUUCUUUAACACUACAUUUUGGUAUCAUCUUUUUCCCUUCCAUUGUGCUGCAUAAGCUCACUGACAUUACGUCAUUCAGGGCCGAUUCAGGGUCAGCAAUGUUAUUUGACUGCUCCCUUCUUUAUCAGGUUUGGCAGCACUCCACUUCAUCAAGCAGCGUAUUUUGGUCACUUUGAUUGCGCUGCAGUGUUACUAGCAUCUGGAGCAUUAGCUAAUGUGGAGGAAGCCUGGGGCCAAACUCCAUUGUUUUUAGCAUCACAGAGGGCUCACAGGUUUGUUAAAAUAAUAGUAUUAAUUGAUGAGUAAGGUUUUUGUGAGUUCAUUGACAUUGAAUCAUAAUCUUGCUUGAGUGGAUCAGGCCUAGGAGGUAUUUUAGGAAUUUUUGGGUGUGGAUGUGCUGCUUCACUUAGGUUAGUAUGCGACGGGACAGGGUGAGAUGGGGUGGGGUGCAUUUCAGGGCUGUCAUAAAGAGCCGGGGGCCAGGGAUUAUCCCCAACUACUAUGAAUGUGACCUCUGGCUAAUUUUAUUGGAAAAUAGAAGAAAAAUAGAACCAAAAGAAAUCCCUAGCUGUUUGAUUCCUCGCCUACUUGUUGUAUAUACCCAGCAACUCGAAAUCUUAGUGACAACCCUGCAUUUACACCCCGUUGUGACUCAGUGGCCAAACUUUGUUAUGGUAGGAUGUAUCACAGUAUACUUAACAAUGAUUCCAUGAGUGCACAUUGGAUAUGAGAUGGUAGAUAGCCAAUGAGGUGCAUAGGGUCGAGUUGGCUAUAAUCAUCUCAUAUCCAACAAGCGUGCGUGGAAUAAUAAUUAUUGUUUUAUUAAAAAUGCCCACAAAAUAUUGAGAAUUCUUCCCAACUUUAUUUGUAAAAACAACCGAUUUUCAGCUUGUUUUUAAUUUUGAGCAGACGCAUGCAGUUACCAUAUUUGGAGAGCAUGGUGUAAUGGCUCAUAUAACAUGAUGGCUAAGCCAAUCAGAGCCCAAGAAUUGCAUCCAAUGAUUCAGUUUGUAAUAAGAGCUGAUAUAUUACAUUCCUCUCUGUAUUAAGACAGUUCAAGGAGCAAGGACUGGAUGGGUGUUGGCCAAGUUUACUAAGGUUUAGCCUGAUUCUUAGAUAUCCGAGGUUGAUUGCCCCCCCCCCCCCCCCCUUUGCUUCUCUCCCUCUCCCAGAAGUGACCUUGAACAAACAUCUGAGAAUCAGGCUCCCUGAGGUUAUUAAGCUGAACUGUUGUUCAGACAUCUGGCUAGUUGAGACCCCCAAGAGCAGUGCCCGAAGUAGUCUGGUCUAAGUGUCUGUUAAGUGAGAGUUCAUAUCUUUGCGCGACCCAUAUCACAAAGAGAGACUUAUUAACUUUCUUCUCUUUUUAUAUUUCAGUGAUGUUGCCAGGCUUUUGUUGCAAUAUUGUGCAUUUGUAAACCAGACUGACAGAGCUCAUUAUAAGACAGCUUUGCAUGUGGCUUGUGAAGCCCAGAGUGUUGCUUGUGUGCAGUACCUACUUGAUGCAGGAGCAGAUCCUAACGUUCAAGCAGAACAUGGCCGCACACCACUUCACUUAGGUUAGUAUGUGAGUGGAUAGGGUGGGAUGGGGAGCAUUUACACCCAGUUCUGACCCAUUGGUUAAGCUUUGUCGAUCUCAAGGAAAGUUGAAUGAUGAUGGUGAUGAUAAGGUGAUGAUCAGAUAAAGAGCCUACAUAAGAUGAAAAUGAAGAAAUGGAUCAUCGCAGUGAACGCAAUUAUGCAAUUGCGUAAAGAAGCCUGAAAAAAAAAAUUCAGGACUUCAACAGGGUUUAAACCCGUGACCUUGCAAUACCGGUGUGAUGCUCUACCAAAAGAGCUAUGAAGUCACUGAUGUUGGGAGCAGGUCAAUUGUGGGUUCAUAUGUUCCCGCCUACAUAACAGUUGCUAUUUUCUGCAUUGAGAAACAGCAGACAUACCAUUUUCGAGUCUAGUGUGAGAGGCUAGGUUUUUUAACCUGUAUUCUUCAUAAUUUUCACCUUUUACAGUUUCACGGAGAAUUUUAAUCAAUUUUCUGAUUGCUUAAAUGUAACAGACAUAAAGCAGCGCAGUUCAACCAUGAGCAAAAUUGAAUACCAAAAUAAGUAGUUUACUAUGAUGUCAUGUCAUUGGACAAAUUAGCGGUUUUUGUUUUGUUUCGGUACAUUACAAGAGGGCUGAAUUGGUCUAAUGUGUAUAGCUACCCCUAUACAGAGAAAAAAAGAAACAGAUUAGGCUCUAAGGGGGAUCAUUUCAUCUCUCUGCCAUUUUGUCUUUUUGUUGAACAGAAGACGAAGCCCAUUUUCAGACUGGCUUUGCCACAGGCAGCCCAAUAAUUAUUAUUAUGUGCUUAACAGAAAGCAGCGGUUGUAAUUCAUUUUUUGUUGCUCUUUAUUAAAGUUCUCAGGGGAGAAGAGUCAGGGCCUUUAACACAACUUCUCCUUGAGUAUGGAGCACGAUGUGACAUCAUGGAUGACAAUGGUAACUCGGCAGAGACUGUUGUUCAGUCCUUAAUGACGAGAUAUGGAAACACUUCAAAUGUGGAGCUGUGUAGGUCUUAUCAACAGCUGUUAGAGCUGCUCUGGGAAAGUCAAGGUAAGAUUUCACUGAAAGAAAGACCUCUUUUUGUGAUAAUUGAUUUAGAUAUAAUUAUAUGGCCAAUUCUUUUUGUGUUUAUGAGUUUAGGCCAAUAUCUAGCUAUCUUGACUAAAAAAAGCUUGGUGAAUAAAGGAUUUAUUAACCCAUUAAGUCCCAAUAGUGACCAACAUUAAUUUUCUCCUAACAAUAUCCAUACAUAAUUUGUCAAGAGAUUGGGUUAUGAGAAUCAAUAUAAUGAUCACGUAAGAGAAAAUGCUUUGAUCUUUUAUCAAAUUCUCUCAACUAAUUCUUUAAGGAAAUGUAUAGAGAUCAGUUUGGAGAAUUUGUAUGUGGAUAUUGGGACUUAAAGGGUUAAUGGCCAAACAGAGAGAUGAGUCAAUCUGCUCGGGUAGCCAAUCAGAACACAGGAUUCACUUCUCUUACCUGCUCACGGAUUCAGCUGUAUGACAAUGCAGAAUACUGUUGCUCUAUAUUUAGUUCUUUGGGGUUCCCUAAGCUAAUAAAAAUGACUGGCAUGAAUUUAAAAGAGUUAGCAAAUGACUUUCUUGUUUCUUUCUUUCUUUCUUUCUUUCUUCACUCAGCACUCAUUGUGCAAAUCCCAUUUUUCCAGCUCUUCCUGUGAUCUUGGUUUGUUAUAUGUUCCUGCUAUUAUAUUAAAUUCCCUCAAAGUACCCACAUGUAUUUUGUAAAAUUUCGUUUUGUUGUCAUAUUUUUUUAACAUAAAUAAUUUCUAUUUCAUUAUUUUGCAGUGAGGCCUAAAAGCUUGAAACGCCUCUGUCGUCUUGCAAUCCGCAAGAUGCUCUCACCAUGCUCUCUGGAGUUUGUAAAUUCUCUAAGCAUUCCUUUUUGCCUCAAAAUGUAUAUUCUUCACAUAGUGGAAACAGGACGGUGGCAAAAAUGA